UAUCAGAAAGAGACCCAAUGACAAACCCAGAAAUGAUAGCAGAAUUUAGAUACUAUGCUGGAAUGAGUUGUGAAAACUGAUGACUUUGAAGAUGCAUAUUAGUAGUUAGUUGGGUCAAAAGAUGUGAAUGUUUAUGGAAAUAAUAGAUUUCAAGCCUCAUCCAGUUUGCAAUCCUCAUAAUGAAGCCUCACCCAAGUCCCCACGCACAUUUAAACCAUAGAAUGGACUAGUCAACUCGGUCACAAAAAGGCUAUGAAUGUUCACCAAAUCCAAGCUAAAGUUUUGAAAAAAAUUAGUUUAGAUUUUUGGAAUAUAACUAAGAAUUCAAGAUGAAAAUAUUCAGUGCGAAACUAAACACAAUUUACAAAAACUAAAAGCUUCUUAAUAACCAUCAAAGGGGUCCAAUCUCAAGAAUCACAACAGAAGUUGCUCCAUUGAAUAUUACAGUAUCAAAAGAUACUGAAAUCUUGGUUAAAAUGAACGUCAAUUCUGUAGACGUUUCCAUGAACUUGCUUCUAAUAUGCAAGGUACAGGAUUCUAAGAACAAAUGUGAAUGUGAUGGUGAGGGUUGAAAAUUCGCCCUAUAACAAAUAAGGUCAUUAAUGCUUUUGAAGUAGUUAGCUAUGAAUCUUGUUGCUAUUUCUACAAUCUCAAUUAUAAAUCACAGGAGAUUUUGUUAAGAGUAUCUUACGCAGCGGAGGCUCAUUGGAAGCAUUUCCAGAUCGGAGUCUGUCCGAAAUUCUUGCGAUGUUGUUUCUCCGCUACAACCAUCUUGUUUUUCCUUUUCUUCUCAUCAAUUUUGUUUUCAUCAGCCAUCAGUUGAUUGAAGCUCAAACCCUAAUCGACCCUGCUUUUGACCAAUCCCUUUCUCCCUUCGGCUCACAGGCAGGCAGAGGAAGUUUCUUGGGCCGCUGCAUUGAGAAUGACGACGGCGCCACUUUCACUGUGCGGAACAACUGCUCCUUCACAGUCUGGGCCGCCGCCAUACCAAGCGGUGGCCAACGGCUCCACAGCGGAGAGGCUUGGAACUUGAAAUUACCAUUCGGAGCUGUGGGACGCGUUUGGGGCAGAACCAAUUGUUCCUUCGAUAGCUCAGAGCGUGGAAAUUGCGAGACCGGCGACUGCGGCGGCGUUCUCCAAUGCCAAAGCUCCGGCGCACCGCCCAAUACUCUCGUUGAUUUUGCACUAAACCAAUACAACAAUCAGGAUUUCUUCCGCGUCUCCCUCGUCGAAGGGUUCAAUAUUCCAAUCGAAUUUAAGCCGACGUCUAACGAAUGCAGCCAGAGCGUUCGUUGCGCUGCCGACAUCAACAAGCAAUGCCCGACGAAGCUGAAGGCGGCCGGCGGCUGCAACAAUCCCUGCACCGUAUUCGGAACCAGUGAAUAUUGUUGCGGUAAUUCUUCAAGGAGUUGUGAGGCCACAGCGUUUUCGAAGUUUUUCAAAGAGAGGUGUCCAGAUGCUCUUAGUUACCCCGCGGACGAUACGGCUACAAAAUUUACGUGUCUUGGCAAGACUAAUUACGACGUCGUUUUCUGCCCCUUCCGACCCUAAGAUGAGGAUCCAUGC